AUUUAAUCCAGAGUUUUUGUUUCAUUUUUCUUCCCUUUGAAACAAAAAUUCCAUUGUGGAAUCAAAAACCUUGAAAUUCAAGAGAGUUCCACAUUUCAACAAAAGAGAGAAAAAGCCAUCAACUUUACACACAUAUAUAUAUGCCAUAAGAUCAAACAGUUUCUUUCCAUUCAUUUGGAAGAAACUGUUCCUCUUCGAGUUUCCUUUCAGAUCUUUCAUUGUCUGUUUUGGUUUUCUAUUGUAUGAAAAUUAAACAAUUUUAGACAAUAGAAAAACCAUUUGUACAAUUUGAUCUUGGAAAACAAAAAAAUGAUCUCUUGGCUUGAUGUCUACCAUGUUGUUUCAGCAACUGUUCCUCUCUAUGUCUCAAUGAUCUUAGGUUAUCUCUCUGCAAAACAUCUACAGCUCUUCACACCCGAGCAAUGCGCAGGCAUCAACAAAUUCGUCGCAAAAUUCUCUAUCCCUUUGCUUUCUUUUCAGAUAAUCUCUCAAAACAACCCCUUCAAGAUGAACCCUAAACUCAUUCUCUCGGACAUUCUCCAGAAACUCUUAGCCCUUGUUGUGUUAGCCGUGGUUUUAAGAUUCUGGCAUCCAACAGGAGGAAGAGGAGGAAGACUAGGUUGGGUCAUAAUCGGGUUAUCUAUAUCCGUGUUUCCAAACACUCUCAUUCUUGGAAUCCCAAUCUUGGCUGCCAUCUAUGGAGAUGAAGCUUCGAGCAUCUUGAGGCAGAUUGUUGUGUUGCAGAGCUUGAUUUGGUACACCAUCUUGCUCUUCUUGUUUGAGAUUAAUGCUGCAAGGGCGAAAACAUCUUCUGGAUCUUCCACGGAACAUAAUACAGGAGGCAAUGAAAAUGAAGAAGUAAAUAGAGAGGAGGAAGAGCCAAGAGAAGAUGAAGUAGCGAUAGUGAGAACAAGAUCUACUGGAACUAUGAAAGUUCUACUGAAAGCUUGCAGAAAGCUAAUAAUCAAUCCUAAUACAUACGCAACGCUGAUCGGAAUCAUUUGGGCUACUUUACAUUUCAGAUUGGGAUGGGAACUGCCAGAGAUGAUCGAUAAAUCAAUACACAUGAUAUCUGAUGGAGGCUUAGGAAUGGCCAUGUUCAGCUUGGGUCUGUUCAUGGCAUCACAAAGGAGUAUCAUAGCAUGUGGAACAAAAAUGGCGGUUAUAGCAAUGGUCCUCAAGUUCGUAUUAGGACCUGCUCUUAUGAUUGCUUCUGUGUUUAUCAUGAGAUUACGACAUAAUCUCUUCAAAAUCGCAAUACUACAGGCUGCAUUGCCUCAAGGAGUAGUGCUAUUUGUUUUUGCAAAAGAGUACAAUCUUCAUCCGGAGAUUGUUAGUACUGGGGUGAUAUUUGGAAUGCUAAUUGCCUUGCCAACAAUUUUGGCAUAUUAUUUUGUAUUGGACAUAUGAAUAUGACAUGUAUAAAAUUG